AUGGCUAUUGUGCUUGCUAUUCAGAAAUGGAGACCUUAUUUGUUGGGAAGACACUUCAAGGUACAUACUGAUCAGAAAAGCUUAAAAUUCCUAAUUGAGCAGAAAAUCAUGGGAGAGGAUCGACAGGAAUGGUUAUCUAAGUUAUUAGGAUUUGAUUUUGAAGUUAAAUAUAAACCUGGAAAUGAAAACAGGGCAGCAGAUUCCUUGUCUAGGCAAAUGCAGCAUAAUCAGAUUUCUACCAUCCAGUGUGAGGCUUGGGAGGGUUUAGAAGAGGAAGUGCAUGUAGAUGAAAAAUUGAGGGUGAUAGUUCAAUCAUUGGUUUCUGACCCUCACAGUCAGAAGGGAUUUCAACUCAAAGGUGGAAGGUUGUAUCAUGAAGGGAGAAUAGUGAUUCCCAAGCAAUCCUCUAGAAUCUCAUGGAUUUCGAAUGAGUUUCAUGAUACUGCCAUUGGAGGACACUGA